UCUUUACCGCUAUCAAAGUUUAAACAUAGAAUUAUGUUGACAGAGGAUAAUUCAUGUGUCACACAACUAUCAUGCAUACGUCUUGUUCUUAUUAAUUUUUGAUAAUAUUUUAAUUAAUGAUUAUUUUCAUAGAUAUACAUUUUUCUCCACACCAACGGAACAAUAGAUAACGGUCGCAGCUAUAUAAUGAUAAAUGAAAAAGAUUCAUCGAUUGUGCUGAAAGAAGAAUUUGCAAACGGAGAAACGAUACACUUUAGUAAAUAUUGGGAAACCAUCAUAAACAAUUACGGGAUACCAUUUGGCCAAUAUAUAAUAAGGAUCUGUUACGCAAUAUAUGCACGAUUUACUCUAUUUAAUGUGAUAAUGUUUUUAAUUAAGUGCGUCCCGACAGGCAUUUAUAUGCACAAAUUCAUUAAAAGUAUUUACACAACUUCAAGGGAGCGAUUAAAACAGAAACAAAGCGAGCUUGAAGACCUUCAAUUGCAGGUUCAAAUUGUAACAACAAAACUAAGCGUACGUGAUGCAGAAUUUGCGGAAAGAGUAGAAGAAUUGAGAAGGAGUGUUGACCGACUGCGGAGAGUGCGUGCGCGGGUGCGCCAAGUUAUUGCUACAGACGAUGACUUACGCCGCAACAUCAACAGCAAUAAUAACUGGGAAGACGACUCAGAUAUCAACGUGCACUGCACCCCCGAAGAAGAAAGCGAAUUCAUAGUGGAAUUACUAAAGGAGCUGAAGUGCGACCAGAUUGCAGAAUGGGAGCCGAAGAAGAUGUGUGGAGAAAAUUCGGGCGAGCCGUUGAGCCAAGACAACAGCGUGUACUCCUCGAUAAGCGACAGCGACAGUAAGGAGUGUCACGUGAAGAUCGUCAGAGUGACCAAUGUGUACAAGGUCGCAUAUCUUAAGCAUUACAUCAAACAGAAACGCUUGCGACGAGCUAAUAAACAGGCAUUGUUAAAGAAAAAGAUGGAUAACAUUAAAAAAUUACUAGACGAUUGGCAAAAGACGCUGAACAUGGCCAUAAAUAGCAAGCUAUCAUUAUUAAACAUGAACCCUCAGUAUAUAGAAGUGACGCCUCAAGAGGCAAUGGGUGACUCUAGGUCCAAUUCUCGAGAUUACUCGGAUUCUGAAAACGAUUUCAGGAACAGUCUUGAUAACGGUCCAGACGAGUAUAGUCUAAGCUGGACCCAAAACUCUUACAUGCACCAGCAUAAUAUGUGCAUCUGUAAUUUCGACGUAAGUAAAACUCCCUAUAAUACAUUUCAUAUUUGCAUCGAAUACCCUAAGUUUUUCUGAUUUUAGGAUUUCGAAACCGCCGUCUCCAAGGAGCUAUAUGAUAAUCCAGUGAUCAUACACGAUAAGUACUCUCCUCUGAGACCGAGUGACUGUAACGGGAGGCAGCCCAGUAGUCUAAUGGUAGUUCCCGAAGAAACUACGAGUCUGAUGGCGAUAGAGGAAUUGGGGAGCGAGGCGAGCGGAGACGGCGACUGUCGUGACCUCGUGGCAAUGUAACCCUUAUAGCUAUGUAGUUUAUGA